CCCGAGUUUAAACGGUCACAAAAAUAUGUCUGAAUCAUUUUACCGUGUUGACGCGUUUCUUCUCUAAAUCUCCGGCGACUAUUUCGCUAAGAUCUCUGCAAUAUCGCCUCUAUAAGUGAAGAUGAUGGUUGAGGAUCUAGCUAUUGAAGCUAAAGAAGCAGCGGUUCGCGAGGUUGCGAAGCUGUUGACACUUCCCGAGCUUUUGCAGUCCAUUGCUUCGAUUAAAGCCGAUUACCUUACUCGGCAGCAGGCAAAUGAUGCGCAACUCAGCACAAUGGUUGCUGAACAGGUUGAACAAGCACAAGCAGGUCUAGAAUCACUCGCCUCGUCUGAAAAGACAGUAAACCAGCUGCGUGAGAAUUUUGUUUCCAUUGAAAAUCUUUGUCAGGAAUGCCAAACAUUGAUCGAAAAUCAUGAUCAGAUAAAGCUGCUUAGCAAUGCGCGGAAUAACUUGAACACAACGUUGAAGGACGUGGAGGGAAUGAUGUCAAUAUCUGUUGAAGCUGCUGAGGCGCGCGAUUCUUUGAGCGAUGACAAAGAACUCAUUAGUACUUAUGAGAGACUUACUGCUCUUGAUGGAAAGCGGAGGUUUGCAUUAGCUGCAGCAUCAUCUCACAAAGAAGAGGUUGGAAAGCUAAGAGAAUAUUUUGAAGAUGUAGAUCGCACCUGGGAGACAUUUGACAAGAAAUUGUGGGGUCAUAUAUACGACUUCUUCAAACUUGCUAAAGAAAGUCCACAGACACUUGUUCGUGCCCUGAGGGUGGUUGAAAUGCAGGAAAUCCUCGAUCAACAACUUGCUGAGGAAGCAGCUGAAGCUGUAGGAGGUGGUGCAAUGGCAUCAGUUGCUAAUCCUCGCAGAACUCCAAAAAAAUCAACUACUGCUGUACCUUCCAAUAAUUCUAGUCAGUCUAAGGUGAAGGUCCAGGGAAAGGGCUACAAGGACAAAUGUUAUGAGCACAUAAGAAUGUCUGUUGAAGCACGGUUUAACAUACUUCUAACUGAGCUUGGGUCUGAAGAUCUAAAGGCAGCUAUAGAGGAGGCUCGAUCGAUUGGUGAAGAGCUUGGAGAUAUAUAUGAUUAUGUGGCUCCAUGUUUUCCUCCAAGAUAUGAAAUAUUUCAGCUCAUGGUAAAUCUUUAUACUGAGAGAUUUAUUCAGUGGUUGAGACUGCUCAGUGACAGAGCUAAUGAACUGACAAAUAUAGAGAUCUUGAAGGUAACUGGUUGGGUUGUUGAGUACCAAGAAAAUCUUAUUGGACUUGGUGUUGAUGAAUCAUUAGCGCAAGUUUGUUCUGAAAGUGGUGCAAUGGAUCCCCUCAUGAAUGCUUAUGUUGAAAGAAUGCAAGCCACAACCAGGAAAUGGUAUAUGAAUAUACUUGAGAAUGAUAAGGUGCAACCACCAAAGAAGACAGAUGAUGGAAAAUUAUAUACCCCAGCUGCUGUUGAUUUAUUCAGAAUUCUAGGAGAGCAAGUACAGAUUGUCCGGGAAAACAGCACUGAUCUCAUGUUGUACAGGAUUGCUCUGGCUAUUAUUCAGGUGAUGAUUGAUUUUCAAGCAGCUGAAAGGAAAAGACUGGAGGAACCUGCUUCAGAAAUUGGUCUUGAGCCUCUGUGUGCUAUGAUCAACAACAAUCUUAGGUGCUAUGAUCUUGCAAUGGAGCUAAGUUCUAGCACUAUUGAAUCUCUUCCUCCAAACUAUGCUGAGCAGGUCAAUUUUGAAGACACAUGCAAAGGUUUUCUGGAGGUUGCAAAGGAAGCUGUGCAUCAAACAGUUAGUGUAAUUUUUGAAGACCCAGGAGUGCAGGAGUUGCUCGUGAAGCUGUAUCAUAGAGAAUGGUCUGAAGGACAGGUCACUGAAUACCUUGUUGCAACAUUUAGUGAUUACUUUGGAGAUAUUAAGAUGUACAUUGAAGAAAGGUCAUUUAGACGGUUUGUGGAAUCAUGCCUGGAGGAAACUGUGGUCAUUUAUGUUGACCAUCUACUUACUCAGAAAAACUACAUCAGAGAGGAAACCAUUGAACGGAUGAGGCUAGACGAAGAGGUUAUCAUGGAUUUCUUUAGAGAAUACAUAAGCGUUUCUAAAGUUGAAAACAGACUACGGAUAAUGAGUGACUUAAGGGAUCUUGCUUCAGCUGAGAGUCCUGAUUCUUUCACUCUUGUUUAUACAAAUAUUCUUGAACAUCAGCCUGAUUGUCCUCCUGAAGUUGUCGAAAAAAUUGUGGGACUACGAGAAGGCAUACCUCGCAAGGAUGCAAAAGAGGUUGUGCAAGAGUGUAAAGAAAUUUAUGACAAUUCCCUGGUUGAUGGGAAUCCUCCAAAGGCAGGUUUUGUUUUUCCGAAGGUAAAAUGUUUAUCCGUGUCCAAAGUUUCGCUAUGGAGAAACUUCAAGGCAUAAGGCAACAAUCUGUUUCUUUAGUAGCUGACCUCCUUCAAGCACGAUGUACAUUUGAUCAGUCAAAGGACUUGGUGAUCUGCUGGGUGUGUUUAUUAGCUUUCAUCUAUAAAACCACAUCGAAAAUGUUAACUUGUCUAGAUAUAAUGUUGUACUGCUGUUAAUCUUGUAUUGAUGUAACGUUGACGGACACUACUGUAAUAAUCCAGGCUUGUGAUGUGUAAUUAUGUAUGUUACGAAGCAAAUUGUAUAAUGUAUACAAUUCUAAUCAUCAAAAGCAGUGUCAUCUCGCAUAAUAUGGAUUCCAAACAUUCAUUAUUUUUAUUUAUAUUCAUUAUAUUUUUUUAAAA